AUGUCCACAGUGGAGGAACUGCAGCAGACGAUCAUCGAGGAGAGGAGGCAACACCAACAGACGAUGGAGACAAUGCUGCGGCAGCUGGAGACGAUCCAGAGUGUUCUUGAAGACCAAAAGCAAUUGCUCCAAGAGCUCAUUACACGGGUUACAAAGCUGCGGGUAUUGAAGUAUGAACUCCUUACAAACGAGUCCGGCAGCAUUGUCAAACAAUUGAAGUUUAAUACAGGAAGCAAGGGCGUGGAUGAAUUACUCUACCGCCUACAUGACAUGCUGGAGGAGGCAACACUAACGGGCGGCACCGUCCUGGACAAACUUUACAGGGCUGCCCAACAGAUCUUGACGCAUGGUAAAUCCAGUACCAGCUCAACGAAGCGGAGCAGCGACAUCGCAUUCGUGGUGCGAAAAGACAUUCGUGGAUCACAAUCCUGGGCACGAAAGCACUACAAGAAAUGCUCUACUUGCGGAAACAAGCGGGCAGGUUUGCCAUCAUGGGAACAAACAAAUGAAAAAAGUUUGGGUAUUACUCAAUUACAGGAUCUUAGUAGUAUUCCUGGAAAAUGCUUUUACAAGGCCGCUAUUCGGUUUUUUAAAAAAAAGUGUGGAGAACGAAUGCUUGACAUCUUCCGCGUCUCAGCGGUUGUGGCUAUGAGAGGGAAAAAUGGAUCUCGUAUCACGGAUCCUGCCGCUACCGCAAAUAAAAUCACAGAGGUUAUCACUGUUUGGAUUCAAAAGGAAUUGGCUGCCGCCAGGGAGAAGGCAAAAAAGGCACCAUGGAACGAGGAGGCCACGAAGAAUUUGCUACUCUCUGGCGCCAUUGAGGUGUUCUUGCACUCAUUGAACGUAACUGUGACUGUUUCAGUGGCUUCACCAACACUCGCGAAUGUGAUGGACCCAGGCUGUACCCCCAUGGAUGUUAAUGUCGUGAUCUUAACACCAACGUACAUUCCCGCUCUGUCUUCACUUCUGGGGCUGCUUUCUGAUGGUGAGCAGCGUGCGUACUUUGUGAAGCAUAUCAUUGAACCUUUGGCAGAGAGAUUGGGUAAAUUUGUGGACAUGGUUGAGGUCGUUACCCGAUACACCAGUUUAGCAACGAACGUCGUGGAUUCACUUAUCCUAAUGGCGCAAUCGAAGAGACUUUCUGAGGUCCUUCAAAAAGAUGUCCCCCAAAAUGUGAAGAUCACCCCACAAGAGACGACGAAAAGGCUGCAAGCUGUUUUUUGGGUUCUAGCGGCAUUUGGCGCAAGUGUGGAGGUGGACUGUGCGAUUCCAUUUCCAGGAGAUAUAAGUGACAUUGCUGGCGUCAAAGAAGCUGUUUUAAAUGCUGCAGAAAGCUUUCUGCGAUUACUCACCGCACCCAAACCCUACACGACUCCUCCUACAGACGAUCCAAAGGCUGCUAAUCUGAUCAUCCGUCUGUUGCGGGCACCCACCAUGUUUUUGGAAAUUUUAAAUAGCACCUUUAGUAGUAAUCGUCGUCUGCCUUCGACAGCUCGUGUUGACGUUGCAGAUUUGCUUGUUUCCCCUAAGGCUAAAAUUCGUUAUGGGCUUAAGAUUUUUUCGGAGAUUAUUGUGAAUAUAUACCGGCCGUACGCACCGAGUACAGGGGUCGUCAUUGCGGAUGAGAAUGGCAGGGGGGGGAAGCCAAAGGCUGCGGGAUGUAUUCCUGUCGCCAAUAUGCCGCGUGACAUUGUGCGCGCUAACAUGGAGGUGGCGGAGCAGGCGGAGUCAUACAUGAAAAGGUUGGUAGCGUGUCGAAAGGAUACCGAGAUUAACAGUAAGUUGUCACAAACCGGGAAGGCGCUUUUAAAACAGAUGAUACUGGAGGCGCACGAGGAUACACUCUUUUUCGGCAUUUAUGAAUGA